AUGUCUCAGCCAUCAAAAGAUCCCCCUUCGUAUGAAGAGGUAAUGAAGACAUCUACAGAUACGCCACCGCCCCAAGGUUCUCAAGGUAAGUAUCCCAAUCCAAAUGUUGGUAUUACGGAAGGUGCAAAUCCACAGCCGCAACAACAAUAUUAUAUGCCACAAGCUCCUCCACCAAGUGCUGGACAAUAUUAUGCGACACCCUCAGCACCUCAAAACUAUCAAGUGCCAACGUACGGAGCCUUUGAAACUACACCAGUCAGUGUGGUCAUACAACCGCCCCCAAUAACACAAACACCGAACAUUAUUGUUGUUGGCGGUUGCCCAGCCUGUCGCAUUGGCAUAUUGGAAGAUUCUUAUCCAUGUUUGGGACUUUUAUGUGCCCUUGUCUUCUUCCCCGUGGGCAUACUUUGUUGCUUGGCCAUGAAAAACAAACGCUGUUCGAAUUGUGGAACGGAAUUCUAAGCGAACAAUCAUCUGGCAUAGACUUAAAUUAUCCA